AGGUUUGCUUCUGAACUGGGGGAAGAGGACAGGGAAAGCUUCGGAUCAGCAGCAGCCGGAUCCCGGGAAAGUCUACUUAGAACAGAGGAUGAUCAGGAGAAUAAGGAAGGUGAGGAACUUCAUCUACAAUCUCCAGAUAACGUUAAAAAGGAAGGCAUGAAAGGAAACUUCUGGAAUCAAGGCAGUCUAAAGAAGCAGAAAGGCAGCCAAAUGGUCAAGAAGGCAGAAAAACUCAUUCCUUGCCAAGGGGGGGAUUUCUGAAAAGUCAUUCACAUGGAGAAAGAAACAUACAAGUACUAUAACGUGAACUUUUCAGAUCAAGCCCAAUAUAAUGUCCCUUUGCAUGGAAAGACAGUUUGAAUGGCACUCUUCAAAACCAUAAAAAAAUCCACAGAGUGGAGAAACCUUUUGAAUGCUUGGAAGGUAAAAAGAAAUUUAGUAUGCAAGAUCAUCUUCAACAUCACCAAGGAUCCCACAUGGGGGAGAAAACUUUUGGAUAUUCAGAGUGUGGACAACUUCAGCAGCGUCAAAGCACCCACAAAGGGGAGAAACCUUUUGAGUGCUCGGAGUGUGGAAAGAGAUUCACUCGAAGUAGCAGUCUUCAACAGCAUCAAAGAACCCAUACGGGGGAGAAACCUUUUGAGUGCUCAGAAUGUGGAAAGAGAUUUGGUUUUCUUGGCAAUCUUCGGGUGCAUCAAAGAACCCACACAGGGGAGAAACCUUUUGAGUGCUCAGAGUGCAGAAAGAGAUUCAGUGAGAGCCGCAAGCUGCAAGUGCAUGAAAGAACCCACACAGGGGAGAAACCUUUUGAGUGCUCAGAGUGCGGAAAGAGAUUCAGUCAGAGUAGCAAUCUUCAACAGCAUCAAAGAACCCACACAGGGGAAAAACCUUUUGAGUGCUCAGAUUGUGGAAAGAGAUUUAGUCUUCUUUGCAAUCUUCAGGUGCAUCACAGAACCCAUACAGGGGAGAAACCGUUUGAGUGCUCAGAGUGUGGGAAGAGAUUCAAUGAGAAUAGCAAGCUUCAACAACAUGAAAGAACCCACACAGGGGAGAAACCUUUUGAGUGCUCAGAGUGUGGAAAGAGAUUCAAUGAAAGUAGCAAUCUCCAACAGCAUGAAAGAACUCACACAGGGGAGAAACCUUUUCAGUGCUUGGAGUGUGGGAAGAAAUUCCUUGACAGUAGGUAUCUUCAACACCAUCAAAGAACCCACAAAGGAGAAAAACCUUUUGAGUGCUUAGAAUGUGGAAAGAGGUUUAGUCGUAUUUGCAUUCUUUACGUGCAUCGAAGAACCCACACAGGGGAGAAACCAUUUGAGUGCUCAGAGUGUGGAAAGAGUUUCAGUCAGAAUGGCCAUCUUCAGCAGCAUCAAAGAACCCACACAGGGGAGAAACCUUUUGAGUGCUCACAGUGUGGGAAGAGAUUCAGUGUCAAUUACAAGCUUCAGCAGCAUCAAAGAAUCCACAUGGGGGAAACCUUUUAAGUGUUCAGACUGUUAGAGAGGGGAAUCUUUCAAGUGCUCAGAUUGUGGAAAGAGAUUCAGUGACAAUGGCCAUCUUCAGGUACAUCAGAGAACCCAAACAGGGGAGAAACCUUAUGAAUGCUCAGAGUGUGGAAAGAGAUUUACUCAGCAUGGCAAUAUUCAAAAGCAUCAAAGAACCCACACAUCGAGAAGCCAUGUAAGAGCUUAGCCUGUCAAAAGAACUUUUCUGUUAUUUCACACCUAAAAGACAACCACAGACCAUACAAAACACUGAAAAGAUGUAAAGUGUUGUAAAGAGCUGGUAGCUACGUAGAAACCUUAUUUUAACCAGUAAGAAAUGUUAUAUAUGCUUGUACUAUGGAAAAUAUCUGUCUCCAGGAGCUGGAGUAAGCUCUGGGCUAAUUUUACCUCCUACCUCUGACUCCUCAGAGUUCCCCUUGGAGUCCUUCAUUGAGAGUAUGGCUUGCUGGAGCACACUGAGAAAAUUAUUUUUCUCUACUGUAAUUUGGAAAGGUAUCUGCAUAAGGAUUGCUAACCAGACUGAAGGGGGGAGGGGAAUCCUACCUCUUUCUCAGAAGCUUAAUGUGUGGAAAUGGGCAUCUGAAGAACUAACUAACAACCCAGAAUGCCUCCGUUGAAGGGAGAGAAAACUGUUUCUCUCAAGGCAGGUGACAACCUUAGCUUGCUUCUUUCUCAAUCACAGGAAACAAAAUUCAGCUAAGGAAGGGCCAUAGCUAGGGAUGGGACAAACCAGGAAAGUGUGGUUUAAUUAAUAGUUUCUGAUGUUCCCCAUGUUGGGAUAUGGCAAGAUCUAAAUUUCAGUCAUUAGAGCAUUAACAUGAUUGUAGCAGAGACCCGACCAGGAAGUACAACUUGGCUCAGAGCCAAACCAAUGUUUGGUGUGUUUGACAAACUGAUUGAAUGGCUAAUGAGUUGUUUCUUCCUGUUCCAUUACCUGCCUUGUACCUGUGCCUGUUGCAGCUGCCCUUGUUUUAUGUGUAAGCCUACCAUUUAGAAUAAAUACGUCGUUUUAGAA